UCGCGUUCCCCGAUCUCUUAAUCCGUUUUGAUGCAAAAUGUCACUGAACGCAGCACAAACACCACGGUGAUGCGUGUGACCUGAAACACACCUCGCGUCUCUUUAACGCUGUGUAUUUAUUUGUAUUGUUAAUAUUUGUGUGUAUCGCGUAACGCGGAGUGAGAUGGAUCCGUGCAGAAGGAGCGAGAGUGACUGGCAGAGUCUGAUCAAUGAGUUCGUUAUUUGCAAGCAGAAACUGGAGAGCAAGACAGAAGCUUUGUUGAUUCUGUCAAAGGAGCUUGAUACAUGCCAGCAGGAGCGAGAUCAGUACCAGCUGAUGGCCAAUCAGCUGCGUGAGCGGCACCAAGGGCUCAAGAAGAAGUACAGAGAGCUCAUUGACGGAGAUCUCUCUCUUCCUCCUGAGAAAAGAAAUCAUAUGAAUCUAGCCCAGCUAUUGAGAGACUCCAAAGAAAAAAAUCAUCAAUUUUCCGAGGAGGUGAAGGAGCUGAAACAACGACUGGUGGAGGCUCAGGGUGAUAACAAGCUGCUCAGAAUGACCAUCACCAAACAGAGGCUUGGAGACGAAGAGGUUGGGACUCGGCACUUUCCUGCACAUGAGCGAGAGGAUCUGGUGCAACAGUUAGAGAGAGCCCGAGAACAGAAUGAAGUGCUGGAGCACAGUGUGAAGUCGCUCACAGAUGAGCUUCAGGAUGUUCGGGCAGAGCGAGAUGUGUUUCAACAGAAGGCUCAUCGGCUUAAUGUGGAAAUGAACCACAUUGUGGGAAAUGAUGAGAUUCAGUUUCUGGACAUAGACGCACUCUGCAUGGAGAACAGGUAUUUGCAUGAACGCCUCAACCAGCUGCAGCAGGAGGUCAACCUGCUCAAAACAAAUCUGAUGAAGUACAAGAGUGCCCUGGAGUGCAGGAAGACCUCUACAAUCUGCGGCAAAGCCAACAGUAGUGCUCUCACUGGGGUUCUCUCUGCUAAACAAGUGAAGGAAUUGCUGCUCUCUGAAGAAAAUGGCUGCAGUUUGCCAGUGACUCCUCAGUCCAUCUCAGACCUGAAGUCUCUGGCCACUGCUCUGCUGGAAACAAUCCAUGAGAAGAACAUGGUGAUUCAGCACCAGCGGCAAAUCAACAAGAUUCUGGGAAAUCGAGUAGCAGAGCUGGAGAAGAAACUAAAAACACUAGAGAUGUCUGGAUUAUGGAGUCUGCCAGGCCUGACUUAUAAUGUGUCUCUGGGACUUAAUGGUAGAGGGAAAGACACCAUCGUCCUGAACCUGCCACAGACUGAGUCACCGGAUUCUCCUGGACAGGAAGCUGACAAAGGAGCUGAAAACUUACCUGCCGAGCAGCAGAGCUCCUCAGGUUCUCCUCAAAAUCAAAAGGUUGAUCAAAAACUAGUUCCAUCAGAAUCUCAGGAAAUGGCACCAGCGUCAUCCAAUUUGGAGAAUUCCCCACAGAAUCCUUCACACGAGUCGGUUGACGACAAGCCAACGAGCUCUCAAGCAGAAAAGCUACACAUCACAAACAUCGCAGAGGAUCUAACUGCUUUGACAAAAGAAGAGGACAAUCUAAGUGAUUCCCCUCCCACUGUGACAGAGGUGAACACGCAGCUUCAGCCAGACCUUCACCACUUCACAUUAGACAACUCGCUCCCUACAGAGGGAAGAGGAGACGAGUCACAACAAUGCCAGGGAGAGGGUGAAACUGUGGAGACAGAUUUUAUUAUUACAGAGGAAAUCACACGUGCUCAUUCGUCCACUGCUGUUUCUACUGAAGCUCAAGAUCAGCAAGACGACGUCCAAGCAAACCAGCAGAUGAAUGUUUGUGUUAGUGAGGAAAUCUGAUGAAAUUUAAACAAGACGUAAUAAUUACAAGAGAUGCAUUUAUAGUAUAACAGCACAAAAUAAUCUGGGAAGUGACAAUUCAUUUGUAGGUGCUAAGAUUAAGACACUGUUGUUGUGUUUUAGUGUCCACUGCAUGAACUGUGAUGAUAGAUUCCUCUGUUUAACACUGUAAAUCCAAGAAAUGUGUAAAGAAAAUGUGUCCCUCACAUGAAAAAACACUAACAUUGACACUAUAACAAAGUAUUUUGUUGUAUUACACCUAUGUCAAGGUAACCUUAUAAUGACUCACACCUGAAGCAAAUCCCACUGUAAUGGAUUAUUAUUCUUACCUCCACCAAGGAGGUGAAAUUUGAGAUCCUAUCUGACUAAGGGGUGGAUACAGGAUUUAUUUUCUACCAUUACCAUUGUGGCAUUUUAAGUGUUAAUGGACGUAUGUACACCAAUAUUGUGUUAUGCUCAUUUUUGUACUACAAGGCUGACACUACAGUAUUUGAAGAUCAGGUGUGAUAAUGGAACAUCUCAUUCUAAUCUUCUGGGACAUUAAUGUGCUGCUGUGACUCUUCUGGGAUUUCUCCCAAGAGCCAUUCAGCCUGAGGAUUAGUGAGUUUGGACUAGGUUUGUGUCUCAGUUUAACCCAAAAGUUACUGGACUGAGGUCAGAUCUCUGAAAGCCAAAGUUUCUUUAUAGGGCUCACUUUCUGCUAAUAGCUUUAUCAUGCAAAACAAAAAGAAUAGUUUUUUUUGUUUACUGAUGUUGCCACAGAGGAGGGGGCCGAGUAUAUCAGAGGUGAAGAGAGUUGUGUCCAUGACAAAUGGCAAACAAGGACUAUGGUGUGUCUGAUGAAGCAAUGCUUGUAACAGAGUGAGAAUUUUCCAGCAUUUCAUCAUAAAAUAUAAUUUUCCUAAGAGGCUAAACUGUCAGUGUUUGCAAAAUGACUGCUUAAUUUCCCAGUUGGAUGCUGAUUCAUGAUUGUUUUCCACUUAAAACUAAAGAGGGAAAGAAACUGCUGCUAAAGAAAUGGGAGUUGUUUGGAAAUGAACCACCUUAACAAACACACAACAAACUGUUGUUAACAACCAGCAAUUUUAUUUGGUUUCUUUCAACAUAUAAUCAACACAAUAAAACACAUUUCCAGUUGAAUAUUUGAUUUUUUGUUGGUAGAUUCUCACAACACUAUAACAUCUAGUAUAUAUUUUUAUCACUGAAGCACAAUAACAUCUUAUAUAAAGUGAUGCAUGACAUAAUAUUAUAAUGAUAAAAGUAGACCAUAUUUGCUGCUUUGCCGGUUUCUCUCCUAAGACAAAUGUUUGCUUUAGGGCAACCCUGCACAAAUAGAUUUUAGUUAAGAAAAUAUUAACAGGACUUUUGUCUUUUACACCCUGGAGCCUCAUUUAGAUUACCAGCACUAAUGUCUUGACUGUGUUUUUGUGGUUAUAAAAAACUGAAAAAUACAUCUAAGUUACAUUGAACCAUAUGUAUGUUUAGUGUGAAUAAUGUGGAUUUAUUUCUGUAAAAUAAAUCAUUUACAACUGUAA